GCCUGCUCCCGGCCCCGCCGCCUCUGCCGGGGCUCCUCCCUGCCGCGGUGACCGGCUGCCCCGAUCGUGCUGCACACCGCCUCUCCUCAGCCCCAGCCUGCCCUUGUCAGCCCUGCCGCACCUCGGGGCGCUCCGGCUGUCCCGGGGCAGGGCCGCCCCGCGCUGCGAGUGCUCUCCGUGUCUGGGAUCGCCCUCCCGAGCAGGGCAGGGAUGGAACCCAGCUGACAAGGCUGUCGUGUUAUGACGACCCCCAACAAAGGAAACAAGGCCUUGAAGGUGAAGAGGGAGCCAGGUGAGAAUGGGACCAGCUUGACAGAUGAGGAGCUGGUGACCAUGUCUGUCCGAGAGCUGAACCAGCAUCUGCGUGGGCUGUCCAAAGAGGAGAUCAUCCAGCUGAAGCAGCGUCGGCGCACGCUGAAGAACCGCGGCUACGCAGCCAGCUGCAGGGUCAAGCGCGUUACGCAGAAGGAGGAACUGGAGAAGCAGAAGGCAGAGCUGCAGCAAGAAGUGGAGAAGCUGGCCUCCGAGAACGCCAGCAUGAAAAUGGAACUGGAUGCUCUCCGCUCCAAAUACGAGGCUCUGCAGAACUUCGCCAGAACCGUGGCCCGGAGCCCUGUGACCCCUGCUCGGGGACCUCUCACUUCCAGCAUGGGGCCCCUGGUCCCUGGCAAGGUUGCUACCACCAGUGUCAUCACAAUAGUGAAAUCCAAGACGGACGCCCGCUCUUAGUGAAGGCAGCGUUGCCUGAGCUUGUCUGUGCAGGCAGUUAGGCACAAAACCAGCCUGGAAUCCCCAAAGCACAAGCCCUUCCCACACGGGGCUGGGUUCCUUUGACUUGGCCCAGGACUGGCCCGCUGAUGGCUGCAGUUUGUUUUGUUGUGUCCAGAUUGGUAUGAGCAGUGGUGAACAUCCCUUGUCCUGUGCAGACAGAGCUUCCCACCCGGCAGUCUGUAGCCCUCGGGUGCCCCGGGGACAGACUGUGAAAUUUUGGUUUUCUACCCAAAGAAAGUCUGUGCAGCGUGGCUGACGGAAGGGCAGAGGGGUGGCCUGUGCAAAACUUUCUUCCUGGGGGCUGGGAACCCUCGUUUGUGGUCACUUCCAAAGGCUUUAUUUCAUUWCUCUUCCAGGUGGUGCAUUUCGGUGCCUGAACCUGCUGCUUUUGUCUCCUUUGGUACCUGUAGUUCCAGUUGGGGUGUUCUGUGUCAUAGGUUUUUAUUCCUUUCUAGCUGUGCCUCUGUGCCCUAAGGGUGGUUUUCCUCAGCCGUCCGUGGCGUUAGCUGUGUCAAGAGGCAGUGAUGGGCAGGAGGUGACACUGCUGAGUCCUGUCCUGCUGCUCCUGAGCCCUGCAGAGCCCUGGCGAGGGAAGAAGGGAGCAGUGGGAUGGUGUUGACUGCAGGCCGGUUUUGUGCCUAAUGUGUUGCACUGAACAAGACCAAAAUCACUAGUUGUUCCCGUGUUUGGAGGGUAUCAAGUGUCUCUAGUGUGGUGGUUUACACAACCAGUUUAUGUGGUUAAAUAGCCCUUUAUUUAAAGAGAGAAACAUCAUUUUAAGAGUUAUUAAAUUAUCUAAGUUUAAAAUUGGACAGAGGAGAGAGCAUAUUUAUAGUCAGCUUUUUUACCUGAGAAGGCGAGAAUAUUUGACCAUAUGACUGGGGAAAUAUUCUCAGAGACUUUGCUAGUUAAAAGUUAAUAAAUAAAUAAUUUUAAAGUUUCUCAUGAACCUCCCGCAAACUGUUUGUGGCUCUGAGGUUAGUUUUUAUAAAGAGUUAUCAGACUUUAUUUAUAAAACUUAGAAAAAGACAAAAAAGAGGCAAGUCCUGUUUGAUAUCUUUUUGCAAUUGUACCAAAAGUGACUUAUUCUUGACCGUGCUAGCUUCUGUUGUGUCCCCUUGUGCUGGGUGCUCCACUCCCCAAGCUCUUGUGCAGCACUGUGGUGUGCUGGUGCCUUUGCCGUGUGCUGUCCUUUUACACUGUCAYCGUUCUUCCUAAGCUUAACUGAGACAUUUCAUUGGAAUCUCUUUGCAUUCUCCAURAGGGUUCUUUGCACAGGCAAAGGUGCUGCUGGUUUUGAGGACAAGAAUGGCUGGCUGGUGCAGCAAGGCAGCAAUGCCUGCCCAGACGUGUGAGGUGGGAGCAGGAGCAGCCAACAUCGGGUUAACUCGGUUAUCUGGAGAGGAAAAAUGCUGCACUUUCCUCCUGCAGCACAACUGUCAGAGARGUAACAUGAGGGAGACUUGUCCAGGUUUAGGAGAAGACUGAUGGGAUUUAUCUCUGGAGUUAGAUCCUGUGUUGCACUCCUGGCUCACCUGAACAAGAGGGACGAGGAUGCAACAMGAGGGGCAGCACAGGACUGGCUGUCCCUGCUCUUGGCCACUGAGCUGGGGCAGGACACKGCCCUUCCAGGGCAACUUCUGCUCAGGGUGCCAGGGAGUGCUCAGACACAGCUGGGACACGGUGAGCAGCUCUUUGUGGCCAGGCUCCAUUUCACAAACGGGGAGAUUCCCCUCUCCCCAGACAUCUGAACUGAUUCACUGAGUUUCAGAGAAGCAGGACAUGAGAGGGAGGGUGAGUGAUCUCCUGGCUGCUGAGGAUCUGAGUGGAGGGGACAGGUUAGGAUGGCACAAGUGAAGCCACAGUCUUGUGAGGAGGCAUGGCCAUCCUGGGUAUAUUUUGGGGAUGUUUCUCAUUGCUGAACUGAUCCUGCUGUCCCCUGAGAAAAGCUGCAGUGUGGCAGGAGAGGAGCAGGUAGCUGAUGGAGAUUUCCUGCUGGAGGAGACCAGCUUUGCUCUGAUUGAUUGGGACUUUAGGGAGUUCUUGGGGAUGCUUUUCCCUGUAAACUUCCCAAAUGGAGGAGCAGGUUAGAACAUUGCCUCCAGACAUCCCCCUUCCAGCCCUGGRCUUGCCCUUCUCUGAAGUGAAAUGUCUGAGUUGCCACUUGCAGCAUUCCCCACUCAGGCCAGGCACGGUGCAGUCCUCAGCAGCCUCUGAUCUCCAGCUGCUGCUGUGCUGGUUGGAAGAGGGGAGAUUUUACAGAACGCAGAGGUGUCCUGUGUUCCUGUGGUGUCAGUCCCAAGCCUGUCCCUCCUGUCACAGCCUGAGAUUGAAUCAGCCCUGCAGAACCCAGGCGAGUGCUCAUCUGGGCUGGGGGAGCGGCCGAGGUGCCUGGGCCUGGUUAGAGCUGAGUUCCAGAGCUGAGUUCCAGAGCUGAGCCUGGGCUGUGAGGAGAGCCCCAGGCAGCCAUGGGCAGCCCUGCAGGCACCAAGAACCUGCUUUUGUUGUGCUCUGGGCCAGGGAGGGGCUGUUUGCCCGCCUGUGCUGAGUGAGGCAGGGCAGGGCUGCAGCAGCACUGACAGCUCAGAGAUUCCUCAUUGCUCCUGUCCUGUGCUCUCCCUG